GCGCGAGCCCGCCGCCGCCGCCGGGCCGGGACUGCUGUGCGCCCGCGGCGUGAGGCGUGGGAGGGAGUGCGGCCCAUCAGCCGCGGCGCCGCCCGGUCGUCGUCUGCCUUCGCCUCCCGGCGCCAGCGCGGUCCGAGUUCUUUCUGACUGCUAUGGAAAGAGGAAAGAGAAACUAGGAAUAUUUGUAAAUCAUCGUUUGACUUCGUCACAGAGUUAUGGUGGCCUUCUGAACUGUGAACAGACUGAGGUUCAGGAUGGUGAAAUGAUUCUUUCUUUGUCUCACGGAUAGAACUGGGGCUCCUUUGCGUCUUCCAGUUGCAAAUUCAGUGCCUUCCUCAGCUUCCCCAGAGUUCCUCCAGAAUAACGGAAGGGAGAUACGCAGUGAGGCCCUGGAGACGGUGUGCAGAACCGACGACGUCCUUCCCACCAUGGAGAGUGCAUUGUAGUGGGGCAGCCAGACAGCGGACGAGGUGCAGAAUAAGGCACGUGGUGUUGUAGAGGGGAUCGUGCUGUGAGGAGAAUAUGACAGAUACCUAGCAUCUAGCAGAAUAAUGGCAGCUGCUUACCUUGACCCAAACUUGAAUCACACACCGAAUUCAAGUACCAAGACUCACCUGGGUACCGGUGUGGAACGUUCCCCUGGGGCCAUGGAGCGAGUGUUGAAGGUCUUUCAUUAUUUUGAAAGCAACAGUGAGCCAACCACUUGGGCCAGUAUUAUCAGGCAUGGAGAUGCUACUGACGUCAGGGGCAUCAUUCAGAAGAUAGUGGACAGUCACAAAGUAAAGCACGUGGCCUGCUAUGGAUUUCGCCUCAGUCACCUGCGGUCAGAGGAGGUUCACUGGCUCCAUUUGGAUAUGGGUGUCUCCAAUGUGAGGGAGAAGUAUGAACUUGCACACCCACCAGAGGAGUGGAAAUAUGAGUUGAGAAUUCGUUAUUUGCCAAAAGGAUUUCUAAACCAGUUUACUGAAGACAAGCCAACUCUGAAUUUCUUCUAUCAACAGGUGAAGAGUGAUUAUAUGUUGGAGAUCGCUGAUCAAGUGGACCAGGACAUUGCUUUGAAGUUGGGUUGUCUAGAAAUACGGCGGUCGUACUGGGAGAUGCGGGGCAACGCCCUGGAGAAGAAGUCUAACUAUGAAGUAUUAGAAAAAGAUGUUGGUUUGAAGCGAUUUUUUCCUAGGAGUUUACUGGAUUCAGUCAAGGCCAAAACACUAAGAAAAUUGAUCCAACAAACAUUUAGACAGUUUGCCAACCUUAAUAGAGAAGAAAGUGUUUUGAAAUUCUUUGAGAUCCUCUCCCCAGUGUACAGAUUUGAUAAAGAAUGCUUCAAGUGUGCCCUUGGUUCAAGCUGGAUUAUUUCGGUGGAGCUGGCGAUUGGCCCCGAAGAAGGAAUCAGUUACCUCACAGACAAGGGCUGCAACCCCACACACCUGGCCGACUUCAAUCAAGUGCAGACCAUUCAGUAUUCAAACAGCGAAGACAAGGACAGGAAAGGGACGCUGCAGCUGAAGAUCGCAGGAGCGCCCGAGCCUCUGACGGUGACAGCACCGUCCCUGACCAUCGCCGAGAACAUGGCCGACCUGAUAGACGGGUACUGCCGGCUGGUGCACGGGGCCACGCAGUCUUUCAUCAUCAGGCCCCAGAAAGAAGGUGAACGGGCUUUGCCAUCGAUACCAAAGCUGGCCAACAGCGAGAAGCAGGGCGUUCGGACCCACGCCGUCUCCGUGUCAGAUGAAAUUAGUGGGGACGAAACAGACGACUAUGCUGAGAUUAUCGACGAAGAAGAUACCUACACCAUGCCCUCGAAAAGCUAUGGAAUAGAUGAAGCCAGGGACUAUGAGAUUCAGAGAGAAAGAAUAGAACUCGGACGGUGCAUUGGAGAGGGCCAGUUUGGAGAUGUGCACCAAGGCGCUUACACAAGCCCGGAGAAUCCAGCUUUGGCGGUUGCAAUUAAAACAUGUAAAAACUGUACUUCGGACAGCGUGAGAGAGAAAUUCCUUCAAGAAGCCUUAACGAUGCGCCAGUUUGACCACCCUCACGUCGUGAAGCUGGUCGGAGUCAUCACAGAGAACCCCGUCUGGAUCAUCAUGGAGCUGUGCACGCUCGGAGAGCUGAGGUCAUUUCUGCAAGUAAGGAAAUACAGUUUGGAUCUAGCAUCUCUGAUCCUCUAUGCCUAUCAGCUUAGCACAGCCCUUGCGUACCUAGAGAGCAAAAGAUUUGUGCACAGGGACAUUGCUGCUCGGAAUGUUCUGGUGUCCUCAAACGAUUGUGUAAAAUUAGGAGACUUUGGAUUAUCCCGAUAUAUGGAAGACAGUACUUACUAUAAAGCUUCCAAAGGAAAAUUGCCUAUUAAAUGGAUGGCUCCAGAGUCAAUCAAUUUUCGCCGUUUUACCUCAGCUAGUGACGUAUGGAUGUUUGGGGUGUGUAUGUGGGAGAUACUGAUGCACGGUGUGAAGCCCUUUCAAGGCGUGAAGAACAAUGAUGUGAUCGGCCGCAUUGAGAAUGGGGAGAGGUUGCCCAUGCCUCCGAACUGCCCUCCCACGCUCUACAGCCUCAUGACCAAGUGCUGGGCCUACGACCCCAGCCGGCGGCCCCGCUUCACUGAGCUCAAAGCUCAGCUCAGCACAAUCCUGGAGGAGGAGAAGGUCCAGCAAGAAGAACGGAUGAGGAUGGAGUCCAGAAGGCAGGUCACAGUGUCCUGGGACUCCGGAGGGUCCGACGAAGCACCACCCAAGCCCAGCAGACCUGGUUAUCCUAGUCCGAGGUCCAGCGAAGGGUUUCAUCCCAGCCCACAGCACAUGGUACAGACCAAUCACUACCAGGUCUCUGGCUACCCUGGCUCACAUGGAAUCACAGCCAUGGCUGGCAGCAUCUACCCAGGUCAGGCACCUCUUUUGGACCAAACAGAUUCGUGGAAUCACAGACCACAGGAGAUAGCGAUGUGGCAGCCCAACGUGGAGGACUCUGCCACACUGGACCUGCGUGGCAUCGGGCAGGUGUUGCCGACCCACCUUAUGGAGGAGCGGCUGAUCCGGCAGCAGCAGGAGAUGGAAGAGGAUCAGCGCUGGCUGGAGAAGGAGGAGAGGUUUCUGAAACCUGACGUGCGGCUCUCUCGAGGCAGCAUCGACAGGGAGGAUGGAGGUCCUCAGGGCCCGACUGGAAACCAGCACAUAUAUCAGCCUGUGGGCAAACCAGAUCCUGCAGCUCCACCAAAGAAACCACCGCGUCCCGGAGCCCCCGGGCACCUGAGCAGCCUCGCCAGCCUCGGCAGCCCCGGGGACAAUUACAAUGAGGGUGUCAAGCUUCAGCCCCAGGAAAUCAGCCCCCCUCCCACCGCCAACCUGGACCGCUCCAAUGACAGGGUGUACGAGAACGUGACGGGCCUGGUGAGAGCGGUCAUCGAGAUGUCCAGCAGGAUCCAGCCAGCCCCGCCAGAGGAGUAUGUCCCCAUGGUGAAGGAAGUCGGCUUGGCCCUGAGGACGCUGUUGGCCACCGUGGAUGAGACCAUUCCCGUCCUGCCCGCCAGCACCCACCGAGAGAUUGAGAUGGCCCAGAAGCUGCUGAACUCUGACCUGGGGGAGCUCAUCAACAAGAUGAAGCUGGCCCAGCAGUACGUCAUGACCAGCCUGCAGCAGGAGUACAAGAAGCAGAUGCUGACGGCCGCACACGCCCUGGCCGUGGACGCCAAGAACCUGCUCGAUGUCAUCGACCAGGCCAGACUGAAGGCCCUGGGGCAGACGAGGCCGCACUGAGUGCCGGGGCCUGCUCCCCGCUCCGCCGCCACCAGCAGCGAGGCUCUGCCCGGCCGUGGGCGCCAGCACUCACAGCGCCAACACUCUGGCUGAGGCUGGUUGAAAAUCUCAUAUAAGUUUAACCACAUUUUGAUGUGGGUUGUUUUGGUUUUGGUUCUUUAAUCAUGGUGUUCAGAAAAGUCCGGGAUCCAAAAUGUGGCAUUUUUCUGAGAAUAAAAAUUGUACAUGAGAAGCUUUUAAAGAAUCAUGAAGAACAGAUUUUGUUCACAUCAGGAUGUACUUUCAUGGAAGCGGCCGAGGCAGUGAUGCACUGGUUCCUGAACUGGCCGGACUGGUCCUUGGAAGAAGACAGGAGGAAGCGGAGGAUUCCAGGAAACCCAAGGGGCUGAGAAUCCCUUUGCCAACCGCAGACUUACUCUCCAGGCUGGAAUUUUUGUCGUUAGAACACUGUUCAGUUGCAAUAUGCUAAUACCACUUUACAAAGAAAGAAUAUAAAAGCUAUAUUUUGAAGACUUGAGUAAUUUCAGAAAAAAACUACAACCCUCUUGUCUUUCCUGCCUUUUACUUUCAUGUGAGUAUGUGAAGCAUUUGGUUGGAAACUAGCUGUAGAACACACUAAAAACUUUUGUCUUUUUUCACCAGAAUAAUGUGCCAGUUUUUUGUAGCGCUGUUAUUUCUCUUGGAAGCAGAAAUGCUUUGUACCAGAGCACCUCCAAACUGCAUUGAGAAGAAGUUCUGGAACCAUCCCUGUUUUCCAUUUUUAUAUAAUUUAUAAAGAAAGAUUAAAGCCAUGUUGACUAUUUUACAGCCACUGGAGUUAACUAACCCUUCAUUGUGUCUGUCUUCCCAGGAAAGAAUUGGGCAAAACAGAGAUUUGGUUUCCUUUUGAUGUCCAGUUUUACCAUCCAUUCUGUUAAAUAAUUUUGAAAAAUAUGCCCUCUCUUUAGUUUGUUGGGGGAUAUAAAUUAUUCUCAGGAAGAAUAUAAUGAACUGUACAGUUACUUUGACCUAUUAAAAAGGUGUUACCAGUAAA